AUGGGUGGACUCAUCGUGAAAGAGGCCUAUAUGCAAGGUCAAAACGAUCCAGAGUACGAGAACAUUGUCAAAGCCAUUUCAGCAAUCAUCUUCCUGUCCACCCCACAUCGGGGCACCAAUUUGGCCAAUGUGCUCAACCGAAUAUUACAGUCGACUCCUGUAACGAAUUCCAAGCCUUUCAUUUCUGAGCUGACGCGGAAUUCGUCUACGUUGCAGAAGCUGAAUGAACAAUUUCGUCACAUUGCACCCAAGCUAAAGAUCGUUUCCUUCUACGAGACACAGCCGACUUCGAUCGGGCCGAAGAGUGCGCGAGCGCGAGUGAUGGUGCUAGAAAGGGAUUCGUCGCUGCUCGGAUAUCCUGGAGAGACGUCCAACCCUCUGAACGCAGACCACCACGGUGUCUGCAAGUAUGAGAGCCCUCACGACCCGAACUAUAUCACAGUGAGGAACGUUCUCAAAUCACUCGUGAGCAAGUCAAUAUCGAAGAGUCAAUCUGGAAGCCAGAGCGCACCGAGAAGGAGACGAUCAAGGGAUCUCAAAGCCAUACUAGCUAUCGCCGAGUUCCCCAACACCGACUACAUCUUCUUCCGGGACCAAUGGGUGCAGGGUACUAACCAAUGGAUUCAUGGAGAACAACGCUUCGUGGAUUGGCUUAAUCCUCACACAUCCUCUCAUCAAAUACUUUGGCUGAAGGGGGCCGCGGCACGAGGAAAGUCGGUCUUAAGUUCGUUCAUCAUCAACAGCCUGAUCGAGCGCGAUUUCUGCUGUCAAUACUUUUUUGUGCGGUUCGCAGAUAGAAGAAAGCGCACUCUGAGCUUUCUCCUACGCUCAAUCGCCUAUCAGAUUGCGCAACAGUUACCUGAAUUUCUGCAAAAGGUAGCGGAGGUUGAAAGCGAAGCCGUCGACUUUGAGGCUGCAAACCCGAGGACGAUCUGGGAUCGAAUAUUCAGAUCCAUAUUGUUCAAGCUCAGUCCUGGGAAAACACUUUACUGGGUCAUCGAUGGCCUUGACGAAGCUGAUAAUCCCAAAGCCUUGAUAGACCUGCUCUCUGACAUUGCUGGUUCUGCGACACCUAUCCGAGUCCUUUUGGUCAGUCGCGACACUACAGAGAUAGCUGCUGGUCUGGAGCAUACACCAAACACAAUCUUCCAAGAGACGAUCACCAUCGAGGGCCAUUUGGAUGACUUACGUUGCUACAUUGAUCGGGAACUAAUCUUGCCUGGUAGCAAGGGCUUCAGGGAUGAUAUUAUUCAGCGUAUUUUGCAUGAAGCGCAGGACAACUUCCUCUGGGUACGACUCGCUGUAGAAAAGAUCAACUCGUGUCAUACGCUCUCCGCCGUCGAGCAAGCUUUCCACGAAUUUCCUCGUGGAAUGGAAGCAAUCUAUGACCGGAUGGCUGUUACCAUUGCCGAGCACCAAUCAUCUGCUGACACUGCUCUAGCGUCAGCCGUUCUUCAGUGUGUCACAUGUGCAUUCCGCGCUCUCACAAUAGAGGAGCUCUUGCAGGCACUAGAAGGUGACACACAUGAGUUUCUAGACAUUCAAGAGUCCAUCAAGAAUGUCUGUAGCGGCUUUGUGGUCAUUGACAAUGAUGGCAACGUUGCGAUGAUUCAUGAAACGGCUCGAGAGUAUCUGCUUGGCGCUGUCCGCCGACCUUUCCAAGCGUCGAAAAACCUGCUCGGCUAUGUCAACAAGAGGAAAUCUCAGCUUUCAGUCAAUAUCGGAAGGAGCGACGUAGUGGAACUGGAGCAGGCCGAAACCUGGGCAGUGGACUUUGUCAAAAUCAUUGGCAAGUUCGGCGCCAUCCUGCGACGCAACCCCCCUACAAUACACAAAACUAUUGCUCCUUUCUGUCCGCACAACUCAGCUAUCUAUCAGCAGUUUGGUAGAACAGAGCAAAGGAGUCUGAUGGUUUCCGGGAUUUCGACACAGACAUGGGACGAUUCUCUCGCACGACUAUCAUUUGGGUUUGGUACCUAUGCCUCUUCUAUAUCGACUGCGGGAAAUUAUGUCGCUGUGCUGGCCGCUUCGGGAAAAGCGUCUUUGUUCGACACCUCCCUCUUUGAGGAGACAGCGACCAGUCCCAUCAGACACGGUGAACGUACAUACAUGAUGCAACUGAACUCUUCCGGGACAUUGCUCGUCACAUAUGGCUACAUGACUACAAAGAUCUGGGAAAUCUCUACUGGAGAAUGUCUAUCGACAGUACCGAACCCUGCAACACGAACGCGGCCACUUGUCAUCGCCUUUGUGAACAAUAACAGAACGUUGUUAGUUGGGUCGGACGAUAAGCAGUUGCGUUCGCUCGAUAUCAACGAGCAAUCGCCGACUUGGAAUCUUGUCGCAAAUUUUGAGGAAGAGGAACUCAAAGGCCACUUCUUGAACGCCGCAAGCUACAUGGCACUUAGCAGUGACGGCAGUUUGAUAGCAAUUGCAUACCGUGGUCAUCCGCUAUCCGCGUGGGAAGUGGAAGGCCCUUAUCACGUUGGCCACUGCUGGCGCGCCCGGAAAGAAGUUGCAAGAGGUGAAGUCGCUGCAGCAAAAUGGCUCCCGCAUCCUCCGCAAGUCCUGGGACUAUACAAUGACGGGGUAGUCUUUAGGUGGGAUCCAUAUGGAGGCGAGCCCGAAGAGAUCUUCACGGGCGCUUCAGUACUCACCGUUAGCGGAGACGGAAAUCUAUUCGCAACGGGUGAUGUACGGGGUGCGGUCAAGAUAUAUACCACCAAAACCUUCCACCUGAUUUACCAACUUGCAUCUCAAGACGCCAUCCUCGGCUUGGCGUUCAGCGCUGAUCACAGACGCAUCUACGACGUGCGAGGCUACUACGGAAACACCUGGGAGCCUGCAGCACUAGUGCGAUAUGCGGAGAGUGCGAUAAAAGGAACGGAUACCGAAGGCGAAUCUGAAAGCUCUUCGCAAGAGUCGAUAACGCCUAUCCAUACUUCCCGGAGGAUAGAUGCGAUCACCGUACUCGCAGCUUCGCCAAACGGUCAGUACUACUGCUACGGUACUGAAAGCGGACGCGUAAUACUACUCAACACCACGCGAGACGAAACGACAGAAUUGCAUACCUCCAGAGGCUUUUUGAGCAUCGAGCAGGUGGCCUGGAGUCACGAUGGUCGUUACAUAUGUUUUGCCGACUCGGGCAAGAAGGUUUUCGUUAUGGUUGUGAGAAUGAAUGCGUCAGGCAGUGACGAUGUUGCGCAACAUCAUUUCGAAGUUUCACUCAAGACUCUUACGGAUGGUUCUAUACAGCAGCUGCUGUUUCAGCCAGACUCGAGCCAUCUGUGCAUAGCUACAUCAGCCACGCUCUGCACGGUUUCACUCGAGUCAGCCUCGGUAGUGCGCUCAAUACCCGCGCCCGAACAUGACCGCAAGUGGAUCGCACAUCCUCAAGAUCCAGCGCUGAUUCUUGGCUUCGGUCAAAACUCAGUCGUGAUGCUAUCAUGGGACUUGAACGAUCGUGGCACGUAUCGUAUCGAGAGAUCACUUGAGCCAGAUACCUCAGCCCUAUCAGAUCAAGAAGGUGCGGCAAGGACCGUGGAGCGCAUACUAGUCACGUCGGACAAGCAACAUAUUCUCGUUCAGAUGUCGCGAAGCGACAAGUCCAAGCUCAAAGAGUUCCUCUACUUCACGACGUCAUCCCUUUCAACAAGUGCGAGUGUCGAGACUCAACCAGACGUGGCCAGCGACCAUCGACAAAUAGUUGUUCCCAUGCUCCUCCCAGAAGAAAUGGCUUCUCAAAUUGGUUUAGCGCUGUCUUUCCUCAAACGUGAUCGAUUACUCUUCUUGUCUCGGACCUUUUCGAUCUGCUCCUGGGAAAUUCCGUCCGAAGCUAGACUGGCGCAACCAUCACAGGCCACGAAUCAACAGACCCAUGAGAAGAAAGGAUUCAGCGAGAUAUUUGCAUUACCAGCAGACUGGAUAGGCCUUGCGCAGUACGAGCUUUUCGCCAUGCUCGAUUCAAAAGCCGGCCAGACACGAAAGUAG